AAGUAAAUUACUGUCAAGUGAAGGGGGGCAGUAGGAAAAAGAAAAAUAUGUAAAUAUGCCACUGCAAAGUUAAACAGACCGAUUUGCAGUGGCUAUAGGAACAAUGCAAUCCCUGGACCAUGAUGGUAAUCUCAAAAGUGAAUCUCCUCCGCUUACUGGGCGCCGCAGUAUGUUUGCUGCUGUUGCUUAACUUUGUGGGCUUCCGGACGAGUGCGGAUGGAGAUGGAGCCAGCAUUCGCAUACGACGUGUCCACAAAUAUGCUCAUAUCUACAAUAGAAACUCGACUGGUGGUGGCCUGCCCGCCGCCCCUCUGGCCCCUUCAUCUGUUCUAAACCAGGAGCAGGGUAUCCGCAACUCCACUCCUACUGUGUCUGUGAUUGCUUUGGCAAACUUUACUUCCAUUCCACAAGACUUAUCCACGCACAAGCCAAAUCCAAAUGCCGCCGCCCCCCUACAUGUCAACUGCACAGAUCCUGAUCCCCGUGAUGGUGGACCAAUCACCCCGAAUACAACGCUCGAGUCACUCGACAUUAUUGAGGCCGAGUUGGGUCCUUUAUUGCAUCCAGGUGGUGCUUAUCAGCCUGAAGAUUGCCUUGCUAAGCAUCAUGUGGCAAUUGUGGUGCCAUUUCGGGAUCGUUAUGCUCAUCUAUCGGUCUUCCUGCGUAACAUACAUCCGUUCCUAAUGAAACAACGCAUUGCCUAUCGCAUCUUCAUUGUGGAGCAAACGAAUGGUAAGCCCUUUAAUCGGGCUGCCAUGAUGAAUAUCGGUUACUUGGAGGCCUUAAAGUUAUAUCAAUGGGAUUGUUUUAUAUUCCACGAUGUCGAUCUAUUGCCUUUAGAUGAUCGCAAUCUGUACAAUUGUCCACGCCAGCCCCGGCACAUGUCGGUGGCUAUAGACACUCUAAAUUUCAAGUUGCCUUAUCGUACUAUAUUUGGUGGGGUCUCGGCCAUGACCAGACAGCACUUCCAAGCAGUGAAUGGUUUUUCGAACUCAUUCUUUGGUUGGGGUGGCGAAGAUGACGACAUGUCCAAUCGUUUGAAGCAUGCAAAUCUAUUCAUAUCAAGGUAUCCAAUUAACAUAGCUCGCUACAUGAUGUUGAAACAUCAAAAGGAGAAGGCUAAUCCCAAGCGCUUUGAAAACCUACAGAAUGGCAUGGGUAAAAUCGAAAUGGACGGCAUCAACUCGAUCAAAUACUCUAUAUACAGUAUAAAGGAGUUUCCAACAUUCACCUGGUAUUUAGCUGAGCUAAAGAACUCCGAUAAAAAGAGUUGAACGGACACACACACACAGACAACAUAAAUACAUAACAUGUACAAAAGACAUUAUUACUUUCUCGAAUCGUA